AUGGCCCAUCAGCAGAGGGAAGAAUUUCACAUUGCAGGAGUUGAACCUCUGACAGCAGAUACAAGGUUACAAUCGUUAGAGAAAAGAAUAGAGUUUGAGGGGGAUGGAGUUUCAGACCCGUAUGAUUCAGAUUAUGUGCCACCAAUCUCAUUACGCGGUGCAUCGCAGGAUAUGGGAACCUACUGUCUAAAAACAAUAAAGCAGUUUUGGGAGGAGAAAAGGACUGCUAUCAUCAACAGAUUAGAGUCCAAAGACAACGUUGUUGCCCUUGGUGACAGGAGGAUCUACUUACCAGGUCACUGCUAUGUGCUGUACGUACACAACGAUGGAGCUAGACACCAUGGACAUCGCUGGAAUGCACACAAGCACCAGAGAGGAGUUUAUGGGUGUGUGGAGAGGGCCAUGGGUCCUCUGUCCUCCUCAUCCCUCCUCCUGCAGCUGAACUGGAGCAGACACAACAGAGGACAGGACUUUAUUAUCUGGUCCCUGAACAGAAGCUGA